UCGAGUGGCAAUAAACGUUAUAGUGAUAUAUUAUCGCGGAAUGUAUGGGUUAUCGUGUUCACGCGUAUAGAGGCGUUAUAAGCGUUUACUUUUUUGAAAGUAGAUAAUAUAUAACUGGUUUCAGGCUUAUAUAACCGAAAAAGCAACAUUUUCCAGUAUUUUGUUCGUAUUAAUGGAAGAACCUGUCAUGAUAUCGCAGAGUAUGUAUUACUUCAAUACCUCAUCGUAUAUAAGAAAUUUAGCAAAAAAAGACUAUUCUUCGCGUUUUAGAGCCUUAAUGGUCUAUUAAUUGCUAGGUUUUUGAGGAAAUAUAGGUUGAAAAUUAGGUGUAUACAAUGGUUGUUUUCAUAGCAGUUAUUCUAUGAUAAGGAGACAUUUGAAGGAGAACUAGCCCACAGACACAAGUGAAAUAUACGUUUUGAGGAUACCAAACACUUUUUUAUCAUCAUCCGUGAUGAUUGAAAUAUUCCAUAACACAUCGAAGAGAGUAUGCGAUGAAUGAGGCAAUUUGCUGAAUUUCCUGGUGAUUUUAUCCAUUUCUCUGAAGUUCCUAUUUUAAAUGGCUCAGUUGAAGAUGUGAUACUAGUUUAAUUUACAUUGUCACAUAGAAAUUCGGGAGACCGUAAUUGCUGAGUGCAUUACAUUGCAUCAGAUUAUCUCGAUAUCAUUGUGCAUUUGUGCCAGAAGAAUAGUAUACAUGGUGCUUCUACAAUGCCAGACUGCUUCAAAUUCGAAUCACCUUUCUGUAGAAUAGUAGCUCGCAGAAGAAGAACAAUGUAUGUCACAGUGAAAACCGCAGAAGAAUGCUGUCAUGACCAAAGAAUGAGAAAGGACAAUGAACCUUUUUUCAGCAAAGAUGUUCGGUCAAGUCAGUCAACCAGGUCACAGCAAUUACGCAUCCUCGCAGUAAUUACGAAAAACAAUUGUGUGAAGACAUUCGCUUAAUAUUUUUCAUGAAAUAUAUUUAACAUCCUGCUUACCA